AUGCUAAAGUCAAGUCUGGUCAAUGAAGGCCAUUCUCGGAAGUGUCAGAACACUCGAGAUUUCGAUUGUCCAGAGAGGCAACGGAAACCUAGAAGGAUUUCUAGGGGGACCCAUCAUGGACUUGAUGCGGUUGACUCAGAAUUGGAAUAUGAUUCUGAAUAUUCGUCCGGAUGUGACGGGAUGCACGCCAUUAGGCAGUGUGAAAGCGGACGGGAAGAGAUCCCUCCGGUCAAGCUAUGUGUCAGGUUAAAUGACAUGGAAAUAGCUCUGGAGCUCGAUACAGGAGCUGCCAGGACGGUAAUACCAGAAAGGGUAUGGAGACAGAUUGGUCGUCCGGAAAUUACCAGGUAUACCGGGAUACUUCAGGAAUAUGGCGUAGGUCCAUUAGAAGUUAUUGGUGCUGUGCGGGUAAAUGCCAGCUUCCGGGGUCAUCAGAAGAUGACUGAAAUAAUUGUCGUGAGACGUCACGAUUGCCAACCGACGUUGGGACGGGAUCUUAUGAAAGAUCUCAAGUUGGACAUGGGAAAUUAUGUCAACUUUUCACUGGUAGACUCCGAAGUGGAGGAGACAGGUACCAGGGGAACUCGGGAAAAUGAGUUCAAAGGCAAAAGCCUGAAAAAAGGUAGUGACGAAACUCGGGAAGUCCAUUGGAUUAGAGUUGUCACGAAAAGCAUGGAUCAGAAGCCUGCAAAAGCCAAUAUUGGCGUCUCAGCCAGAAACACGGAAAGUGUUGGUGAGACCUACUCGGGAGAUUCCAAAUCUCAGUAUUUUCCCCAGGUUGUUGAAAAUAGGGGAGGGAGUAGAGGCCAAGGAAAGUGGCUAGGUAACCAUGCCAAAUCCACGGUAAGGUGGUCGGAUUCUGAGAGUCUAGCAAGCUCUAAGGAAUCGCGGAGAAAACCUAAGGUCUGGAUAGACAAGGUAAAAGAUGAGCUAGCAGCUCAAAUCAGAAGCUUUGCUUCUCAGGGUAAGCCAAUUGUGUUCUUUGGACCUAGGCACCAUUCGGAAAGGUAUAAGCCUUUGGCAAGAAGAUACCAGAAUGGAACCCAAUGCGUCAGUGGAAGGAAUGUGCCGUUGGAAGUUCAGAUCCUCGAUGGAAGUCAGUUCCCGGUCAAGUCCAGAAUCUCAAGCCAUCCAGAACCCAGGGAAGCGCGCAUGCUCGUUCGAUGGAUGUGGAAGUGCCAAGCCGUGCCCGACUUGAUCACUUGGAGGAGAUGUGAGGCGGAACGACCGAGCUUCGAGGAUUUUCCCACGAGGAACGAUCUACAUUUAUUCAAAUUUGAUUGUACUUUCCUACGUGGGGCUUCCCUAUAA